AUUAACUAAAAUAUAAUUGUCUGAGGAUUAUUGCAGGAAAGCACAUAGCAUUUUGAUUUUGAAAGCACACUUUAGUCUGUGGUUUAUACAUCUGAAGCAGAUCGUUCAGCUUUUAAAUGUAUAUACAUAUUAAACAUAUACCAGACUGCCUUUAAAAAUAAAAUAAAAUUAGAAGGCCACAUCUGUUUGAAAGAAAAUGCUAGCUCAUUUUGUGAAGAGUUCUUUCAUUGAAAAGCCCAAGCUGCGAGCGAAAGAUGCAAGACAGACAGCCUAGUACAGCAAAAACAUUGCUUUCCGCCCCCUCAAAAGGAAGCUGGUAAUUCCUAGACUGAUUGUGAGCCAACUCAUGCCAUGUUCGAUGUGUGUAACAUAUUGCAGUGUACAUAACCCCUCCUUUACUACGUCGCACUGGCUGGGAUACCUGCUGUUCUCAAAAACGUCACGCGGAUUCUGUUAUAAAGUCCACCACAAUAGAUCGCCGGGGCAUUUGUUUCCAGCAGCUUGGGAGAGAAAGAAAGGCAAGAGACAGACAGAUUGGAAAGAUGUUUUACUCAGGGCUCCUAACAGACAGAAAGGAUGUGGACUUGAGGGAAGCUGCAUCUCUCCGACAACAGAGGAGAAUGAAGCAGGCAGUGCAGUUUAACCACAAGGACUCGGCUGACCUGCUACCAUUAGAUGGGCUGAAAAAGCUGGGGACUUCGAAAGACACCCAACCACACAACAUCCUCCAGAGACGGUUGAUGGAGACAAACAUGUCCAGAUUGCGCCACAACCGGGGAAGCUGCUCUCAGAAGAACGAAUUCUCACUCCAGACAAAUAAACUGAAUCAAAUGAAACUGGAUGGCCCAAAGAAAACAGAGCAAGAAGACCUCAUCCUGGUGUGUUGCCAGUGCGCUGGGAAGGAACUGCAAGUUGUGGUUGAUACUGGAUGUCAGAACAAUAUCAUAUCAUCUGCAUGUCUGGAGCGACUAGGAUUAAACGAGCACAUGAAAUCCUAUAAACCCGAAGGUGAGAAGAUUUCAUUGCCACACAGUAUGAAAGUGAUUGGCCACAUAGAACACCUGGUUCUUACCAUGGGGACCAUUCAUGUGGACUGUUCAGCAAUUGUGGCAGAAGAUAAUGAUAAAAACUUCUCCCUGGGGUUACAGACACUGAAAUCUUUGAAGUGUGUGAUAAACCUUGAAAAGUAUCACUUGAUCUUGGGGAAGACAGACAGGGUAGAAAUUCCUUUUGUCAGUAAUGCCUCUGCACACGAAGAGAAGGCACAUCCUCAUGGCAGCCACCUGCGCUCCUGGUUCAGUGCUGUAGGACACAGCUGGAAGCCUGGGAAGUGUCCCUGGAAAAGGCAGGUACCUUUUUCCUCCAGGAUAUCCUGUGCUGGCCAUACAGGUGGUACAGCCCAGGCUGGUCUUGUAGCCAUCCCUGUCAGCAGAGUGGGCAGGCUGGGAAGCAGCAUGGGUUGCAUGCAGCCUCUGGUGCUUAUGGAGUGUGGGUUUGAACGACUGCAUGAGCACACCCAGUCCCCCAAGUUAGUGCUAUGUGCAUAUGUAUUUGCUAUAAUGAGAUUGAGCUUGGCAAAAAAACAAAACAGAGCCAACUCUUUUGUCACACUGGUUUAUGCUUCUCAUUCCAGCACUUCUGAGGCCUGAAGAGAAUGCACUGCUGGCUUCACAGAAUAAGGCUUUGUGACUGAAAGGAGAGUCGACAAUACUGAUAACCCCACCUUGCUAGACUGUAGCUAGCUUGUAGCUAAAUGAAGGAAGGAGUUUAGGGCAACUUCAGGCAUUCACUCACCAUGCCAAGAGUCUGGACAGUGGACUUCUAGAAGCACAUCUGAGUCCACUCUUAAAAAUGAUGUCCUUUUUAUGGUCAUCUAAAUAUGAAAAUGUUUCUUUUUCAUCUUUUUUUGUUAUGAAUGGAUUAGUGAAAUGAAUUGCCUCUUGUGAGACUGAAAAAGACAAUUUUUAUAACGUCCUCUUUUGAACUAAUUGUAUUUAGCUACAAUGAGAGGCUGUGAGAAUCAGAUUUUUAGAAUUAUUUUUAAACAGAGAAUGAUUAAUAAUUGGACAUGAUUGAGUUCAAAGGAGUUAAGUUCAUCCAAAUCCUGACUUAAGUCAGAGAGAAUAUAUUGUUUUCAAGAGUACUGAAGGUGGUAUGAUAGAGCUAUUGUUGCUUGUAUUAUUAGAUAUUUUCCAAAUUUCAAUAUCUCAGAAAAUGUUGUUCUUAAUUCCUCAUUAUGAAAUAUUGAUGUCAACAGUAAGAAGGUGGAGCACAAUUUUAAUCUAUACAAUAUUCAGCUUUUCCUAAUUGCAUAAGUAACUGAAUUUCCAGAUUUUAAACAAAUUAUCUGGAACCACAGUGUAGCAUACAUAAGAAUUUUAAUGUCUCCUUGUUCAGUAUUAAUAUUUUAGUUUAUUUUCUGCAAAUUUUGUUGCAUACUUUUCUCAAUCGUGAUUGUUUUAAACUGUAUCUGUGAGCCUUUUAUUAGCCCAUAACUCCUGACAAAAAUAUAUUAUCAGUAGACUUGGACUCUAAAAAGUUACCAACAUUUUGGCAUAAUAAUUUUCAUCACUCCUUAAGGCUGGUUAUGAGAUAAUUUUGGAAAAACAUUUCAUUCUUGGUUUAAGAUUCACCAUCUUAAUGCCCAGAUACUUGUUGCCUUUGUAUCUCCCAAGGUAUUCUACAAUAUAUAUAUUACUAGAAUUUCAGGUUAUUUAUAUUUAUCUUGUAAGUAGCAAACUCACCAAAUAUUGAGUUCUGGACUGAUUCUUUAGCAUGGUUAUUGUUUUAUAGUAUAAAACCAGAUUGAGAAAUGAAAGAAAGAGAAUGAGUGUACUGUAUAUAAAAAUACACUGUGGGAAACAAUGUUGCUAUGGCAACCCCUUCCAUUUUAAAAAAUGGAAAAAAAUGAAUAUCCGUGUCUAGUCAUACUCCCUUUGGGGGUCAUUCUCACUAAUGGCAUGACUGCUUGAUUCCCAAGAAGAGCAAUUAUCACACAAUAUUAUCCACCGAACAGGGAAUUUUAACACUUACCACCAGAGACAAUAUUACAGUAAUGAUAUACGGUAUAUUCAAUCAGGGUGUCCACUGUUCUAAACACCAUAUGAUGAGCCACAGGGAAAGACAGAACCACUUCCUUCCUGCUCCUGGGACAGUACUGUACCUUGUUUUUUUAUUCCCUUAUAGCAGGGAGGUCCAACACAUGGCCCAGGGGCCAUAUGUGACCCUUGAGGCCUUUUUUGGCAGCUCUCGGCAACAUUUGAUGACCCCUUCAGCCCUUGCGCUGCCCUCGCAAAACUGGCUAAGCAAGGCACUGAGCUUGGGGAGAGAGGCAUGAAGACUCCCCCAGCCUCCUUCCCAAAGCCUAGGAGGAGCUAGGAGGGUUCUAGGUACCUGUCAGAGUCUCACGGUGCCUCCCCAAAGUCCACCUCACUUAGCCUGCUUUGGGAAGGCAGUGUGAGGACUGGGGGAGCCUCAGAUUUCAGCCGGGAUCCCCCUCCCUUCACAUGCGUGACAAGGCAGAGUGCAGCCCGUGGGCUCCAUGUUGAAUCAUUCUUGCAGCCCACUUGGUAUGAAAAGUUGUACCACCCUGCCUUAGUCUCAUAAGUCAAUAAUGCUGCAUGCCAUGACACACUCUUCAGCGAACUAUCUGGUUUUCUCCAUUAGGCUGAUAAUACCACAGACAAUUCCUGCCCUAUAACUUCUUGGCACUGCUUUCUAUAAUGUUCUUAAGCUUUUUGCUACCAGCAAUAGGUAUUCUUCAAUUGGUUCUGGGUGAUACUUUUUAGUUGUGCGAAUUUACCGUACUCAAAAAUGUGUUGUGGGUGCAGUGUGGAUGAACAACAUGUGUAGCACAUAGUUGUCUGAUAGUUUCAAUGUGCAGUUCAACUCGCACUAACAGCUACGUUACAAAUGGGUUGAGCUGCAAGCUGAAGUGUACUCAAGCAAUCAUAAAACUUAUAUAGUAUGUGCUCAAGUCUGCAUAUAUCUGCUUAACUCAUAUUCACAACAGGCUACGGUGGUCAUACUUGUGCAGCAAUCCAUAUAUAUAUAAAUAGCAAGCAAUAUAUACAGGAAAAUGAUCUUACACACAUGUACUCUCUUCCUUCCUGAGAACAUGGGGAGCUGUUUUGUAUAUAGACACCCCUCUCCCAAGCUAUUUUCUCUAAGCUUCUGUCCAUAGUACACCUCAAGCCACCAUACCAAGCUCUAAUUAUAUAUGGAGCUGUAUGGUUCGCUAUACGACUAUAUGAUUAGCAUCACAGAUGUGCUUCUAAUUACACCAGUUAAUUAAAUGCUUUGCAGGAAAGAAGCUUUGGUAGACUUGGGGGUGAGUGGGUGUUGUCAAACCAACAGGAUGCAAUCCACAGUUUAGACACAACAGAUCCCCUGUAAAACUUAUCUAGUAGACUUUGUACUGAAUAUGCACUUACAUUUUGAAGAACCCUAAUUAAAUUAAAUGGAAAUAAGUAUUGGCAUUGAAUAUAAAAGGGUAUAGAACCAACAGUUUUGGGCUAGUGUUAGUUUUCAAUAUUUGAUCUGGUUUGGUCAUUUUGACAGUGACCACAAAGAAUAUGCAAUGGCUACAACAUCUUUAGUACUCCCAAACUAGUAUAUAUUUUUAAAUAAUUUGUAGUUUGGCUUUUUGCAAUGGGUUUGAUAACAUCCAUGUACAGCGCUGGCUGUUGCUCACAGAUUUGAAGUAUAAGUUUUUGGAUAUAUUUUUAUCUUUCUGUGCAUCAUUGCCCUCAAUACUCAUAUAUCUAUAUUUACAAAGCAAAACUUUUAUGUGUUUGCGAGGUGAACUGCACUGUGUGUAUACCUGCCAACAUGUAGUUGAAAAAUAAAAUAUAUUUGUCUAUGCUACUUAUGUGGCAUUUGGCUACUUGAGUGUUUAUUACUGUGAUGA